AUGGCAACUGGUCAAGUACUCAACCCAGGGGAUCACAUCUAUACCGAAUGCCUUGGAGGUUCCUACUAUCACCAUGGCAUAUAUGUAGGCAGAGGCCUGGUGACAAACCCCAACACUGGAAAAACCCGAACCAUAACAAAUGCAGUCAUUCAUUUCCUUGGACUCGACAAAGAAGGUAACGGGCUGUAUCGCUACGAAUACGAUGUGUCGUUAUUGAGCUUUACUUUUAAAACCAGUGGGAGUUGCACUCCUUGGAGCUGUUAUGAUCCUAAUACCGUAAUUAAGAGAGCAUAUGAUUACCUCCGUGACCAAAACUUCGGAGACUACAACUUUGUGUUUAACAACUGCGAGCACUUUGCCACCAAGUGUAAAAUGGGGAAGGCCCGUUGCAAUCAGGCCUUGUGGGGAACGGGACUGCCGGGUGCCCUGGUUUAUAAUGUUACAAGACGCCUGACCAAAGAUAUACUCUGGUAG